AUGAGGAACGCCAUCCUUCUUCUCGCUGCCAUUGGCGCUCAGGCCUGUCAAAGAGAACGUGCGUUUCAUCAUCAUCUUCACAAGCAGGUGAAACGGCAAGAGAGCAAUUCGGCUUUUCCUCCAGCAUUGGAUGCGAAUGAACGGAUUCUGCUCGACUCGUUUGACAACACUUCGAUUGCUACAUGGUCAUACUACUACACUCAUGGAGAUCAUAUCGCGGGCAGAAACGAGUCAAUGGCUCAGUGGACCGCUGACAAGUGGUCAGAGUAUGGCUUCAAUGCUAGACUUGACGAGUACUAUGUCUUCCUGAACUAUCCCAUUUCGAAUUCACUUGUUCUCACCUAUCCGAAUGGCAGUACAUUCACGCCUACUCUGAAGGAAGAUGUACUUGAGGAAGACGACACAACAAGCUAUCCCAACUCCAUCAGAAGCUUCCACGGCUACUCUUUCACUGGUAACGCAUCUGCAGAAUAUGUAUACGUGGGAAGAGGACAGCAGGUCGACUUCGAUCGCUUGACUGCGCUCGGCGUCGAACUCGAGGGCAAGAUUGCUUUGGCCAAGUACGGGGGUCCGUUCCGUGGUUUGAAGGUCAAGAACGCGCAGGAGCACGGCAUGAUUGGAACUGUCAUCUUCACCGAUCCUGGUGAUGAUGGUAACAUGACAGAGGCAAAGGGUGUCGUCCCUUACCCCAACGGCCCUGCGCGCAAUCCUUCCACCAUCCAGCGAGGUUCAGUGCAGUUCCUGAGUACAUACCCUGGUGACCCCACUACACCCGGUUAUGUCUCCAAGCCAGACUCGCCACGUGCAGACCGCAGUGACAUUCUCCCAGGCAUCCCGUCUCUUCCCAUCUCGUGGAUUGAGGCUCAGCCAAUCCUGCAGGCUCUCAACGGUUUUGGCACCAGCGGGACAGGAGUAAACCGGACAGGCUGGGAGGGCGCUAUCCCAGGCGUCACAUAUAGCACAGGACCUGGUUCAGGUGCAACGCUAUCACUCAGCAACGUUAUGAACGAUACAUACGGUACCAUCUGGAACGCCAUUGGUGUUUUCAAUGGCACACUAGAGGACGAAGUCAUCAUUGUAGGCAAUCACAGAGAUGCGUGGAUCAUUGGUGGGGCAGCGGACCCCAACUCGGGCUCUGCUGUGCUCAUUGAGUUGGCAAAGGCGUUUGGCAAGCUCGCAGAGACUGGUUGGAAGCCAGCGCGCACCAUCGUGCUUUGCAGUUGGGAUGCUGAGGAGUAUGGUCUUGUUGGAAGCACGGAAUGGAUGGAAGAGUACCUUCCAUGGUUGAAGGACGCUGCCGUCUCUUACCUCAAUAUUGAUGUCGCAGUCUCUGGACCCAUUCCAGACAUUUCGGCCACACCGGAUCUCCACGCUAUAAGCACAAGCUUGAUGAAGAAGAUUGUAUACCCAUACCGUAACGCCACUGAUCUCACUCUAUACGAUGUAUGGAAGCACGAGGGUGGCGAGGUUGGUGUACUUGGUAGUGGAAGCGACUACACUGCCUUCCUGCACCGCGGCAUUUCGGCCAUCGACAUGGGCGCAGGCGGUGGACCAAAUGACCCGGUCUACCCAUACCACUCAAACUAUGACUCCUACCACUGGAUGGCCACUUUUGGCGAUCCCGGCUUCCAUACACACAAAGCAAUGGGCCAAUAUCUAACGCUCCUGCUCUAUCACCUCGUCUCGGACCCCGUCCUUCCCCUCUUCCCCGCAGACUACACCCCAGAAUUCGAAAAAUACCUCGAUGAUCUCAACACAACCCUUGCCUCCUCCAACUUCACCCUAGAUCUCUCCCCACUCACCACGGCAAUCGCCAACUUUGCCACCUCAGCCCAAGAAUUCACAAUCCUACGCGACCAAGCCGUCGCCAACAACGACACCGCCCUCCUCACGGUGCAAAACCACAAGGCGAGGGAUUUCUCCCGAGCUUUCACAAGUCAGGGUGGUCUGCCGACGAGAGAGUUCUAUCAGCACACGAUUUUUGCGCCCGGUAGGGAUACCGGUUAUGCGCCCGUGACGUUUCCAGGCAUUACGGAAAGCAUCACGUUUGAUGAGGACGAGGCGUUGGCGCAGGAAUGGGUGGGCAAGACGAGCGAGGCCAUUCUUUUGGCAGCGAGUAUUUUGAAGACGUAG